ACUCACCCACCAUCAUCUCUUCAGAAUAAUUGGAGUUUUUCAGAACUCAACACCUUGCAGAACCUGAACUACAGAGAGCAAAGAACAAGCAAAGGAAUUUACCAGAUUGCAACUCAAAAUCCAAAACAAAACGUCGAAAUCAUCUGGACCUUCAAGUUGUUUCGCCAACCAAGGCUGAUUCACAACAAAGAUCUUCUCUGACCAUCAAGAUGUUGCUGUUUCUGACCCAAACUCUCCUCAUAGUGGUUGUAUUCCUGAUGCUCCACUGGUUGAACAUCAUCACACUUACACAUGUGUUCACCCGGGAGCAAGAUCUCAAAGUUGCUCAUCGCAGCGUUAGACGAUCCCAAGAUAUCUGGGACGUUAACACUGACAAUCACUGUGUUCUUCAUCUUCUCGAACUCCCUCACAACAACUCUCUUGGUUGUUGUGUCUGCAGUAUUUAGCCUGCAUUGGUUGAACGUCGUUCCACUGCCAGGUUUCUUCCCAUCAGCGGUAAAAGAUCCUAAGAUAUCAGGAGCAGUAACAGUGUCAAUAAUGGUGUCUCUUACUCUGACAACCUCGUUGACCACAACUGUCUUGGCUACUGUGAAUGUUGUACUUUGGUUUCUUUGGCUGAAAAUCCUCAACCUGAAGGUGAUAUUUGAAUGCAACCUCUUAAAGUUAUUCAUCCUGGUAUUAGAUGAUCGGAAACUGUCAGGAGCUCUAACACUGACAAUCACUGUGUUCUUCUUCAUGUCAAACACAAUAUUAACAACUUUCUUAGUAACUGCAUUUACAGUAUUUAGUUUGCAUUGGUUUGACAUUGUUACUCUGACACAGUUCUUCCCGUUGUGGUUAAAGAAUCCUAAAAUAUCAGGAGUGUUGAUGGUGACGAUCGCAGUGCUUCUCACCAUGUCAACCUCACUGAUAACGGCUCUCUCAGUUGCUGCGAUUGUCAUACUUUGGUCCAAUUGGCUGAAAAUUAUCAACCUGACGUAUGUAUUUACAUCUGAGAGAAACUUUUCAGGGUUAAUCUUCGCAGCAUUACGUGAUCCUAAGAUAUCAGGAGUGUUAAUGCCAACAAUCACUGUGUUCUUCUUUAUGUCUGACAUAGUGGUAAUAACUCUCUCAGUCCUUGUGUUUGUAAUAUUUAGUUUGCAUCAGUUUGACAUCAUUACACUGACGCACAUCUUUGAUUUAGGAUUAAAUAAUCCUAAAAUAUCAGGAGUGUUGAUGGUGACCAUCACUGUGCUUCUCACUUUGUCAAACUCCCUCACAACAACUUUUUCAGUUGCUGUGAUUGUCACCCUUUGGUUAUUGGCUGAACAUCGUUGCACUGACUGA